AAUAAUAUUCAUGAAUUCUUCCUCAAUUCAAAACUUUAAUGGAUUAGAUAGAUUACAGAUGAACAAUAAUAAAGAUUUAUAGAAUCAAUUAGAAGAUGGCGGUAUUUUAAAUUAUAAUUUCAAGAAACAGUAUUACUUUCCUCAAACAUUAUCAAAGUGAAUCAAAAAAAUAAGAAACAGGAAAGAAUAUUUCUAUUAACUAAUAGAUUUGUAUAUAAUAUAAAGACAGAUAGUAAAAUAUUAUAAUUUUUCGGUAUCAACAUUUAUUUAAUAUUCCAGGUAAAUCAAUCUAAAUUCAAAGGAAAAUUCGUCUUCAAUUAAUUUCAGCUAUUAUUGUUAGUAAUAUUGGAACAGAAUUUGUGUUACAUGUUUCAUAAGAAUAUGAUUAUAGAUUCUAAUCAAGUGAUUUGUAAUUAAUUUAUAUAUUUAUUAGUCGUAAAACGAUUCUCGAAACACUAAUAAUAGUAUACAAUUCAUUAACUUAUAAAAAACUUCCAUUUUACUUUAAAGAUGAUUUCACUUUAAUUUCGUAUUGUACAACUGAAAAUGAUGUUAAAAAGGGAAUUAAAAGAUAUCCAAUAGAAAAACCAAUUGUAAUAAUCUAAAAAUAUUUAGGAACUUGAUGUCAUUGAAUUUUAAGAUUAUUAAAAGAAUUAACCAUUGCCAUAGCAAUUAAUCUAUAAACGAAAUGGAUAAUAAAAAUAAGCUGGUAGUACACUAAUUUCAAUUGAGCAGUUUGAUUUAAUCAAAGUACUUGGACGUGGAGCAUUUGGAAAAGUAUUUUUUAAUCGAAUCAAAGGUUAUGAUGUGCGAAAAAAAAGAUACAAAAGAACUUUUCGCUAUUAAAUCUUUAAGAAAAGAACAUAUUUUAGACAAAAAUUAAGUUGAGCAUACAAAAGCAGAAAGAAAAUUGUUAGAAGAAAUUGACCAUCCAUUUCUUAUAUCAUUGGAAUAUGCCUUUUAAACAAAAGAGAAACUAUUUUUCGUGAUGAAAUUUAUGAGGUAUUGCUAAAAAUUAUAUAAAAUAGAGGAGGCGAGUUAUUUAAACAUUUAAGAGACAAAAAAAGAUUUCCAGAAGCUACUGCCUAAUUUUAUGCUGCUUCUAUUUUACUUGCUAUAGAACAUUUGCACUCAAUAUCAGUUAUUUAUAGAGAUUUGAAACCUGAAAAUAUAUUGAUGGAUGAAUUUGGCUAUAUUAAAAUGAGUGAUUAUGGAUUAGCAAAAUUUCUAAAACAAGGUGAUAAAACAUUUUCUUUUGUUGGAACUCCUGAAUAUUUGGCUCCAGAGAUUAUCAGAUAGAAUGGACAUAGUUUUGAAGUAGAUUGGUGGUCAUUUGGAAUUUUGAUGUACAAUAAAUUUUUAAUUUAGAUAUGAGAUGUUAGUUGGGAGACCUCCAUUUUUUUCUUAAAGCCAAUCUUUAUUAUUUAGAGCUAUAAUAGAAUCAGAUAUAGUAUUUCCUCAAUAAUUAUGUUUAAGUAACCAAGUUAAAGAUUUGAUUAUGAAAGUAUUAUAUCCUCAAUAAAUAUAUUAAAUAGCUAUUAAUAAAAAAUCCAUUCGAAAGGUUAGGACAUAAUGGAGGCGGAGCAUCCAUAAAAAUUCACCCUUGGUUCAAAGAUUUUAAAUUUUAAGAUUUAUUAGAAAAGAAAAUUUAACCUCCAAUCAUUCCAAAAUUGUAUGAUAAAUUAGAUGUACAAAAUUUUGACCUAGAAUUUACAAGAGAAGGUUAUCAAAUUAAUUUAUUUUAUAUUAGAAGCUAUGAAUUCAGUCGUAAAAAUGGAUCCGAAAUUGGUAGAGAAAUUUAAAGAAGAUUUUGGAGGAGUUACCUAUGUUCCAAAUAAUGGUUUAAAUUGA